AAAAAGUACAGAGUCCAGGGAAAGACUUACUUGUUACUUUCUGAAUUCUUGAUUUUUUUUUUAAGCUUUUACUUACUUUCACUAAGGGUUACUGUAGUCUGAAGGGUCCUCCCAAAGGCCACAACAUUUGACAAGCUGCAUUUUUUCUUAUGCUCAAUGAUUUCUUCUUUAAGCAAAACGACUGCCUUUAAUUUCACACAGAAUGUCUUCUAAUGCAGACACGGGGAAUUUACAAGAAUCUUUAAAGCACGGACUUACACCUAUUGUGUCUCAGUUUAAAAUGGUGAAUUACUCCUAUGAUGAAGACCUUGAAGAGCUCUGUCCCGUGUGCGGAGAUAAAGUGUCUGGGUACCAUUAUGGGCUCCUCACCUGUGAAAGCUGCAAGGGAUUUUUUAAGCGAACAGUCCAAAAUAAUAAAAGGUACACAUGUAUAGAAAACCAGAACUGCCAAAUUGACAAAACACAGAGAAAACGUUGUCCUUACUGUCGAUUUCAAAAAUGUCUAAGUGUUGGAAUGAAGUUAGAAGCGGUAAGGGCUGACCGAAUGCGUGGCGGACGUAAUAAGUUUGGGCCAAUGUACAAGAGAGAUAGGGCCCUGAAGCAGCAGAAAAAGGCCCUCAUCCGAGCCAAUGGACUUAAGCUAGAAGCCAUGUCUCAGGUGAUCCAGGCCAUGCCCUCCGAGCUGACCAUCUCCUCUGCUAUUCAGAACAUCCACUCUGCCUCCAAAGGCCUACCUCUGAACCAUGCUGCCUUGCCCCCCACAGACUAUGACAGAAGCCCUUUUGUCACGUCCCCCAUCAGCAUGACGAUGCCACCUCACGGCAGCCUGCAAGGUUACCAGACAUACAGUCACUUUCCCAGCCGGGCCAUCAAGUCCGAGUAUCCAGACCCCUACACCAGCUCGCCAGAGUCCCUCAUGGGCUACUCCUACGUGGAUAGUUACCAGACAAACUCCCCAGCGAGCAUCCCGCACCUGAUACUGGAACUUUUGAAGUGUGAACCAGAUGAGCCUCAAGUCCAGGGCAAAAUUAUGGCCUAUCUGCAACAAGAACAGGCUAACCGGAGCAAGCACGAAAAGCUGAGCACAUUUGGGCUCAUGUGCAAAAUGGCUGACCAAACCCUGUUCUCCAUCGUUGAGUGGGCCAGGAGUAGUAUCUUCUUCCGGGAACUAAAGGUUGAUGACCAGAUGAAGCUGCUUCAGAACUGCUGGAGUGAGCUCUUAAUUCUCGACCACAUUUACCGACAAGUGGUACAUGGCAAGGAAGGCUCCAUCUUCCUGGUUACUGGGCAACAAGUGGACUAUUCCAUAAUUGUGUCGCAAGCCGGGGCCACCCUCAACAAUCUCAUGAGUCACGCGCAGGAGUUAGUGGCAAAGCUUCGUUCUCUGCAGUUUGAUCAACGAGAGUUUGUGUGUCUGAAAUUCUUGGUGCUCUUUAGUUUAGAUGUCAAAAACCUGGAAAAUUUACAGUUGGUCGAAGGUGUCCAGGAGCAAGUGAACGCUGCCCUGCUGGACUAUACAAUGUGCAACUAUCCACAGCAAACGGAGAAAUUCGGGCAGCUCCUUCUUCGGCUACCAGAAAUCCGGGCCAUCAGCAUGCAGGCUGAAGAAUACCUCUACUACAAGCACCUGAACGGGGAUGUGCCCUAUAAUAACCUCCUCAUUGAGAUGUUGCAUGCAAAAAGAGCUUAAGUCGCAACCCUAGAUCUCUGCUUUCAAAACAAAAAGAGAUUGGCGCGGGAGGACAAGAAGAAAGAGAAAUGGCAACAAAAAUACUCUGAACUGCUCCGAGGGACACUAAUUAAAAACUUGGUUUAAAGAUAUUGAAUUUAAAAAGGCAUAAUAAUCAAGUACUUAAUAGCAAAUAAAUGAUGUAUCAGGGUAUUUGUAUUGCAAACUGUGAAUCAAAGGUUUCACAUCCCCAAAGGAUUCCUUAUAAAAGACAUUGUCAUGGAAUGGACUGAACUCACAGAUAGAUAUGGACACCGUGUCAGAAUGAAAAAUGGACAGAACAAUUUCUGUAUGUGUAAAACUGAUCUCCGCUGUGAAGAAAUUUAGGGACUGAUUUCUGUUGUUAAUUAAGCUUACACAGCAGGAGAAUUGAGCUUAAAGAAUUCCUCCAUGGUAAAACUGAACUGAAACAAUUCUCCAGAUCCAUCAGCUGCACCUCUAAUAGUCUUUCCCUCUUCCUUGCAAGGACCCAGCACCUUCUGCCCGUGAUCAUGGAAUCUGUCCUAAGGACUUGUGCUUAGCCACACCUACUAGUAGCUCCACAAAUCAUGAAAAGUCUAAUUUUGAAUGUCUGUGUCUUAGACCUGCAAACAGCUAAUAAGAACAGUCUACGAAUAUGUUAGCUUGCCAUUUAAAAUUUGUUCUGGUUUGUUUUGUCAUGUGUUCAUAAUGUUUUUUAAAAAGCAGGCAGUAUCCCUCUUCUGAUCUUAUAUAAGCAUCACUUACUAUUAACGGAAAUGACUACAAACUUAAGCAAGUGCUCCAUAGCUAAAGCAAGUUAGACCUUAUUUCUGCUGUUACUGAAAUGUGGCUUUGGCAUUGUCGGAUCUCAUCACCAUUUCUGGCCACGUGGCUUGUUAGGUAGGAUACAUCCGUCUUUUUAACCAUCAAAGUUUGUUGUUCAUUUAAAUAUAAAACAUUAAGCAUAGUUUGCUGGGAUGUCAAAUAGUCACAGUGCUAAGUAGUUUAAAUCAAAACUGAAGCAUGUUAAGCUAUGCAAAAAGAAGGAUGAGCUGAUGGGCUGAUGGGUAAAGUUCGCUCUUGUUGAGACUGAACACCCCCCGAACACAGAAGAGCAAUGAUGGCUUUUAUAUAUGGCCUGGAAAGACUUUCGAGAAAUUCAAAUCUUCUGCAAAAGGGAAAGGAAGAGAGCGAUACUGACCUUUCUAAGCCAUAGACCAAAGUCUGCUGUAGAACAAACAUUGCAGGACAAAUAAUUGCAAAACAAACUCUCCAAAUGACAAUAUCAGUAUUAUUAACACGCAAUGCCACAGGUAUGGAAGUCUUGCCUUAUUUCACAAAUCUAAAAGAUAGCUGUGCAGAUGUAGAACAACAUUUGUUUAAAAUAAAGUAUUAAAACUUUAAAGUCAAA